AUGAAAAACACUUCCUUGCUCAUAGUUCUUUUGACUGGUUUUGUUUUCAUUACAUCUGUUAUCGAAGGUGAGUCACUUACAUUUCUGCUCAAAUAUUCCGAUAAAAUAAGCAACAAAUGGUCUUUAUUUUCGUAUUUUUUCCCCUUUUGAAUGUUGAAAUUUGGUUGGCAAAUAGAGAAAUCGCAAUCCUAAGUUAUGGACCUUACUAUCAAUCCAAAUAUUUUUUUUCUGAUUCCACUUAAAGCCCUGUUCGAUUGCAUGUCGAGUAAAUCAGUGAAGGUAGAGUUAACACAACGGCCAGUUAGAACAAAGGGAAAAUUCACAACGACAGCUCAAACGUAAUUUGUCUGAAGCGCAGGAAAACGUGAAAGACUAAGUUGCAGUCGCUUUUAGUUUUGUUCCUGCUGAUUGGUCGAGAGGGGUGGUAGUUUCUUAGACAAAUCACAGAGCGAGUGAUUUGAAGCAAAUACAAGCAAACAGCCUCUAACUAACACCAUUUUAUUUAUAUGUUACUCUGCUCAUGCAGUAGGACUCUAUAGAAUUAAAAUGUCUUUACAUCAGAGGAGAUUGAAAGAUUUAAGGGGAGCUAGGAAAAUUAUUGAUUUUGUUUCUAAGUCCUCUAUGGCGAAUGAAACGACUAAAAUGUCGUACCCAAAUUGACUAAAGCCAUGCCAAUAACACAAGUAGAAUGUGGGUACUAUAAUUCGGCAUUUCCUGCCAAACCCGUCCCAUGUGGUAAGAACGUAACGGGUUGUCCAUGCCUCAUGUAUGUCCCCUCCACGUAUCCUUUGUGAUAUAAGAUCAAAGCGACAUUACAUGCAACACGACCAACAAUUAUUUUUUUCACCUGACCGAUUUCCUACAGUAAGCAGUAACUGUGCCCCUGAAGCAAAGGAGGAAUGUGGCGAACACAAACAAUGUGUGAAGCAGGGAGAAAAUAACACCUACCACUGUGUUUGUAAGGAAGGAUUUACGACACUUGGAGACUCUUGUCAAGGUAGAAAAUGCAAAUCUAUGUUCUCUUCCCUUUGUUUCUACGUAUUUAAUUUUCAUUUUGCAACCGAGUUCAUAGUUUGCCCUCUUUCUUUACUCUCUCGAUAUCGUUGACUCCAGCCGUGUAUAGGAUGCUUAUUAUCAGUUUACCGGCGCAAUAGCCUACGCGGACAGUUAAGAGAACACGAGGAAAGUUUGAAAAUCACGUGCCGCAGGCGAUUGAUUUGCAAACUUUUCGAGAUCAUUUUCUAUGCGUUUACCAGUGCAAUAUAAUACGAUAGGUUUUUAACCAAUCAGGAGGCUCGUAGUAUCUCAGUUAUAAAUGAAGAUAAAUGUAUUUGAUACAGUAAGGGGAAAUAUUUUUUUGUCACUCCUGGUAGUAACAGGGUUAAAAACUUUUAAACUUCAAGAGUGACCAGCAUCCAAUUUCUCCCUACAUUUAUACUUCUGAAUUAUUUACACAAUCUUUCACGAAUGCAGUGUUUGAGGAGAGAGAACGACCUUAAAAAAUACAGAAAAAAAUUGUCGUAAAAGUUAAUAUGAAGGAUCUUUCGAGAAAUCACUGCUUUCGAGAUAUGACCAGCUUCCCUAUUUAUUUUGUAGAGUAAAUUACAACAUUAAUAAAUAAUAAUAAAUAUUUUGUUAACUCGCAGAUUUGGACGAAUGUCAGAAAGGAGAUAUUCGAACAAAAUGCAAGCGAAAAGGAGCAAGAUGUAAAAAUACACCAGGUUCUUAUAAGUGCAAAUGUCCUCGAGGAUUUGUAAUGUUUUUGGAGGCGGAUUACUGUGAAGGUACGAGCACGUUAUUCAGCGAUAUGGCGUUACCAAAGUGAGACAGUAGGUCGGAGAUACCAAUACGCAUGCGCAUACAAACGUUUCAAGUUCUAUCGCACACGCUCCAACGAUUGAUAUGCACCUAGGAAAACUUGAAAAAGGGAUUUAGGAGUACCGAACUCUUCGCGUUACGUCGGUUUCAUUUCAAAAUGGAAUGAUUCCUAGCAUAUUAGGGAUUUCUAAAUGCAAGUAAACAUUUGAAACAGCUAGAGUGAUAAACUGGACUGACCUGUAAUAAUGUUCAUCUUGAAAAACACUACCUCCCUUCCCCAGAAAGAUGCAACGCUAGAAAAUAAGUGGGAGUAGGGAGGCUAAGAGGCACAAAUGUACGGGGAGGCGUGUGAACGUGGUACGAGAAGUGGAAGGCUGUGACCCCCCCUGCCCCCCCCCCCAACUUGAUAGUGGCUGAAUAUUUUUAGGGUGGGUUACACACAUAACCUUGAAGCCUGCGCCAUCGGCUUGAAUAUCAGUUCAAAUAUUUUCUUUUGUUUUACUUUUUUGUUUCUGUUUAUAUUCUCUUGUGACAAUUGUAGACAUAGACGAAUGUGAAGAUGAACCGUGUCACCACAAAGCCGUCUGUCAAAAUGAAAGAGGUUCCUACACUUGCACUUGCGUGAAAGGAUUUGCUGGUGAUGGUCACGAGUGUGUCGAGGACCUGGCAUACAAACAGAAACAAAAAAUACAGAAGAUCAUGACGAUUGGGGGCGCGGCUGGAGGUGGGACAUUGUUUCUUAUUGCCCUGAUCGCCUGUUUCUUGGGAGCAAGGAAGAAAAAACCAAAGGAGGAGAAAAUUGAAGACACUGACUCUACUCUCACUGUGCAUAGCAGAUGGGAGAGCUCUGAGGAAUCAGAUGACGAUGACGAAUAG